AUGACAUCAACGACGGUAGCUCAGCAAAGCAAAGAUGCUUCAAGAGACGGUGACUUGGACAGUUCGAUAAACUUCAUUCAGCAUGGAAGCAACUUCGUUGACGCCGAUCCUCUGACAGACUUAAUCCAUUGGAAUCUUGUCUUUAUUGUCACCCCAGCCGUCUCUAUCAUCGGAGUUCUGGGCAAUAUAGUCAGCCUCGUCGUCCUAGCCAAGCAAGGAUUUCACAAAAGUUCCAACAUACUUCUCUUCGCACUUGCGAUAUCGGACAUUCUUUUUAUGGUGGGGGUUAACGGACCCCCAAAACCCAUGUACGAGUGGGGUGCAGGUGGGUUUCAGUAUCCUAAGCUUACUGCCCAUGUUCUGUAUUAUCUUUACCAUAUUUUUGACAGUCUGAACUGGGGUAGUGGCGCCACAUCGUUAUGCAUACCAUUUUUAAUAACAGUAGAACGUCUUAUUGCCGUGUUCAUGCCUCUAAAGUUUAAAUCCAUAGUUACUCCUCGCCGGACUCUAAUCUCUGUCAUUAUUCCAAGUGUGAUCUUUUACGGACUUCAGGCUUAUGUUCGGAACUGGUUCGAGUUUGCUUACGUUUUUGACCCAGCACGUAACGCAUCUGUGGGUUACGCCGUGAGAUCUGACCUCUUUUGGAGACAACGUGGAGCACUCAAAAUCUUAGCAGUGUUUGUAAACUGCUUGACUAUUCUAAUCAUUUUCGUUUUCUGUGGCUGUAUCGCCAUUGGGGUUAAAAUUAGAAUGGCGGCAUUAAAAAGGCUGAAAAUGACUCAAAAAAUGACGGACCAAGGCGGAGGUAAAAAUAACAUUAGAACAUCACGAACAACAAAAACAUUACUGUUUUUAUGCGUGUUCUACACAUUAACCUGCUGCCCUAUUUGUUUGCCAGCGUUUAUGCCUGAUGUUAUGGUGUUUCCAGUGUACACAGAAGAUCCAAACUUCCGGUCAGUUGGCGUGUUUGUGUAUCACGUGUACAAGCUGAUGUUUAGCAUCAAUGCGUCUUUCAACUUUGUUAUUUAUGUGGCCACAAACAAAUCCUUUCGGGACACUUUAGUCGCGUUGGUGCGUCGGCAGCAUCCCCGAGUUAGUUAA